GAUUCGACGAAUAUCUGCUUGAAUGUUCGAAACUAUACGGACGCACAUUCUCAUUGAUGUUUUCCGAUAAUGAGAAUGUGGUGGUCGUUACUGAGCCAAGAAACUGUGAAUAUAUACUUAAGACCAACUUCAAAAACUACAUAAAAGGUCACCGGUUCAAUGAGAAACUCGGUGAUGUACUUGGUGACGGUAUAUUCAACGCUGAUGGGCAUAAGUGGAAAUUGCAGCGAAAAACCGCUAGCCAUAUGUUCAGCACAAGGGCACUGCGAGAAAACAUGGCGCCAGUCAUAUCACGCCAUGUGAAACAUCUGGUAGCAGUACUGGACAGUGCAUCCACCAUUGGAGAGACGGUGGAUAUGCAGGAGUUGUUCUUGCAGUUGACGUUGAAUUCCAUUGGUGAGAUUGCCUUCGGCUGUGACCUGAGCAACCCCAAGAUGGCCUGGGCAGGAGGAGGGUUUGGUCACGCAUUUGACCGGACACAAAAAUACACUGCGGCACGAUACAUCAAUCCAAUCUGGCGGUUGUGUCGCAAGUUCAAUAUACUCGACGAGAGGAAGUUGAGGACAGCUAUCACGGACUUGGAUGACUGCGUGGCAGAUGUAAUUGUAAACAGGAAGAAACUAGCUGAAACGGAUGGCUUGGAUGGUUGCACCGAUCUGUUGUCGCGCUUCAUGCAAAUGAGCGAUGUGAAUGGGGUGCCUUUCAACGAUAAGUACCUGAGAGACGUGAUUACGAAUUACAUGAUUGCGGGCAGAGAUACCACCGCAAAUGCACUGACGUGGGGAGUAUACGAGCUUGCCAAGCACCCAGAUGCGCAAGCUAAGCUACUCAAAGAGAUACUCGAGGCGUUGGGCACGGACCGACCACCUACCUACCACACUGUCGAUAGUAUGGCAUUUGCACAGGCCGUUGUCAUGGAAACGCUUCGUCUCCAUCCCUCCGUACCCCGAGAUCCCAAGCUGUGCCUCGCAGAUGAUUUAUUGCCGGAUGGCACUUUCAUACCUGCUGGAACGACAGUGGUCUAUGCUCCUUGGUGUCAAGGAAGGAUGGAGAGCGAAUGGGGAAAGGAUUGUGAGAAAUAUAUUCCAGAGAGAUUUAUUGGUCGAAAUCCGGAGGAUAAACCAUCGCCAUUUAAAUUCAACGCAUUCCAAGCGGGGCCACGCACUUGCUUAGGAAUGAACAUGGCAUACCUCGAGGCUAAACUCACCCUUGUUAGUCUAGUUCAGAACUUUCAAUUUGAUUUGGUGCAAACGACUGAACCGAGCAUACAAUUUACCGUGACACUGCCCAUGGCCGACGGCCUGCGUGUUCGUGUUUGCAGGAGACAGGCGGAAUCAUAAUGGCACAAGCGAUUCAGGGACCUGAACCCCACGAUAUAACAUUAAUAGAUACGGAUCAACUUUGUGACCUAAGAACUUAUUUUUCUGCAAUUGAAGUGCGGCCAUCGUGCGGACAUGUCUAGGUGUCUAUUGGGUGCAUUGUCUGGGUUUCAUUUAGUCAUGAAUUUGCAAAAACUCAUCCACCCACUUAGGUAAAAACUAUGCAAAAACAAAACAAUAUACAUAUAUACACUUCCAGAGUAGUGGAGUUUAAUCAAGAAAGUCUGCACUCAGAAAAGAAUUAAAAGCACAUGGCAUUGCUUUUGAACUCAGUGUACUGCUUGGUUCCAGUGAAGCAGAAACACGAGAAUUACGGACAUCAGUCAAUGCAGAUCCUAGCAUUCUAAUCCCAAUUCUCACCGAUGCCGAGUGGUGUAUGAGGCGAUUGCUAUGCAGCGAGUCCAACGAGUCAGUGUGUGUGUGUACAAGUGCACAUGGUAUGCCUGUUUCUCCUAUCGAAGUAUAUUAAAACAUUUGUUUAUUCUAUAUCAUACUAUACUUUAGAU